AUCGGCGGUGCCUGACGGUGGGUCAGUUGCAGUUGACUGCUAUUGGCUGCCGUCACCGCCUACAGGCAACGACGCCGCCUGGAGACCAGCUGUUUGUCCAAUCAGAGCGCUUUGACAGGAAGGCUACCAGCGUGUGACCGCGAGACUGAAAAUAUGACAACUCUGAAGCGGGCCAGGGAGCUUGCCAAGAGUCUGUCUAUCAUAUUAAAGCUGCUGCAGGAUUUUCUGCUUAGUUCUGGAAAAACCCGGAAUCUUUAACUACUUCAUAUACUGUUUCAUUACAUACAUUAUUUAUUUAUUUAUUUUUUUUUGAUGCUGAAUUGUCAAGAGUGCACAAUUCAAACAGUGGUACAGAGCAUAAAGUCAUAUCAGAAAAAGAGGUAGUUUUACAAGCAAGCUCCAAUAGAACAAUUUCAAGUUAAUUAUAUUAUGAGAUGAAUCAAUUAACAUCUUAAAGAAGAAAGAAACAAAAACUAAACUAUCUUAUUAAAAGUUUUUCUUUCUCUGGUCUCAGGGAGAACAUCUGAAUUAUCCUGAGUAAACAGCCGCUGCUUCUUCUUCUGCAGUAUGUGUUAAUUAGCCAGUAACCAGUUUCCUGUUACAAAACAGAAUGUGAAAUAGUGCUGGGUGUUCAGAGACAAGUUUAAUACCUGUGCAACAGUCAGCUAUUAGUCUUCAACUUUCCUUUCUGGGAAGGACACACCGACCGUUGAGCAGACAUGGUGCUGUCUCGCCUUCGUCUGCUCAUCCUCCUCAUCACAUUGUUGCCCUGCGCCUCCCUAUCAGAGAACCUGUCCACUCCUGCUGUGGCUGCAGCAGGUCCGGUUCUGCGGGACCGGCCCUUUGUUGUAGUGUGGAACAUGCCCACAGCAAACUGUCAGAAACACCACCACAUCCAGCUGGACCUCCAGGAUUUUGGGAUCGUGGAGAACCAUAAGCAGCGCUUCCAGGGACAGGAAAUGACCAUCUUCUACCGGGACCGCCUGGGGAAAUAUCCGUACCUCUCCCACAAUGGCAGAGAGGUGAACGGAGGAAUCCCUCAGCUUGGUGACCUGGCCUCUCACCUUUCCCUCACAGCAAUGCAGCUGUACGUCCUGCUGCGUCCCAGCUUCUCCGGUAUGGGAGUCAUUGACUGGGAGGAGUGGCAACCGCUGUGGGAGGACAACUUUGGAUCCAAAAUGAAGUACCGCAGGCUGUCCAAGCAGCUGGUAAGACAGGAGAGAUUGGAUUUGUCCGAGGAGAACGUGACGCGGUUGGCUCGGCAGGAGUUUGAGGAGAGCGCUCAGAAGUUUAUGGAGGAGACACUGAGGCUGGCGGUCAGGCGUCGGCCCAAAGGAUUCUGGGGCUUUUAUGGUUUCCCCUCCUGCUUUAAUAAACACAAGGGAAAAACAGAUAAAACCUACACAGGACGUUGCCACAAGGGGACGAAGCAGAAGAACGACCGGCUGUCCCGGCUGUGGGGUCAGUCCACAGCUCUCUAUCCCAGCAUCUACCUGCCGCAAAGGCUGGCAGGGUCCAUGGAUGCAGCUCUGAUGAUCAGACACAGACUGCUGGAGGCUUUGAGAGUGGCCUCUCUGUGGCGUCAUGGCAACAAUAUUAACCAGGCCACACCUGUCCUUCCAUAUGCUCGACUGGCAUUCACACAUACUCUCAACUUUCUAAAUAAGACAGAUUUGGAGCACACACUUGGAGAGAGUGCAUCACUCGGCACAGCUGGAGUCGUGCUGUGGGGAGAGAUGAAAUUCGGCAAAUCAAAACAACAGUGCAUCCUUCUCAGAGACUACAUCCACAAUGUCUUGGGUCCCUUCAUUCAGUCCCUGAGGGCCGACACGCUGCGGUGCACUCUUCAACUCUGCCACAGUCAUGGCCGCUGUGCUAGGCGACGCCCCGACUCUGGUCAUAGGCUAUCAUCAGCAUCCACCUCUGACCCUCAUAAUGAUACUGACUCCGCCAGCAGCAAACACUUUCAGCGACACUUCAUGUGUCAGUGCUACUCAGGCUGGACUGGACCCCAGUGUCAAAGAGAGACGGUUGGGGGUGGACAGAACCAGGGUUGAUGAAGGUUCCUCAGUCAGGGAGCUAGCAACAAAUAGGGUUAGAAUAAAGUUGUAAAGUUUUAAAAUUUCUGCUCUUCUUGGUAUUAAAAUUAAACUAUUUAAAUAAUGUUUAAAAA